UUUAUGUCUGCGUCACAACAAAUCGGCGGAGGGCGCGAGGAGAGGAUCAUGGCGUCUCUGGCGGCUUGAUUCUGAUAAACCCGCCUUAAUAGCUGGGGGUGAGGAGGGGGGAGGAGAGAGAGCAACAGCGACGGGAACAUGACGAAACGGCACCGCGGAGGAGACUGAGAGACGGACGGACAGAGUCACAGUCGCCUCCCCCCCCCUUCCUCCUCCUCCCCCUCUGCUGACUGCUUGACUGACACACGGGCGCCUGGCACACACACAGACACAUACAUGCACAUCAGCCACUUUUUGCAAACACGCAAGCUGCGCAUCUUUGCGGCCAGGAAGCGUGCACCCGCAGCAGAUGAGCGCCUUUCAUGUCCAGCCCGUCCAGGACUCACUGUGACCCAGACGGAGAGGAGUUCCACCUGACAGGAUGGGGGGAGUCAGUGAGGGCGAUGAUGUGUUGGCUCGUUGGAGUGAUGGACUGCUGUACCUCGGCAACGUGAAAAGAGUAGACGGAGUCAAGCAGUGCUGUCUGGUGAGAUUCGAGGACAACUCCGAGUUCUGGGUCCUGAGGAAGGACAUUCACUCGUUCGCUGCCGGAGUGGAAGAAGUUUGCUGUAUUUGUGACGCUCCUCCUCUUAAAGAGCCCCUCGUAAAUUGUCUUAAAUGUCGCCACGGUUAUCAUCUAGAGUGCCACACGCCGACCAUCGAGCCGGAAGCCGAGAGCGACUCGUGGAUAUGUCGACAGUGUGUCUUUGCAGUCGCAACCAAGAGAGGUGGGGCUCUGAAACGAGGACGCUUCGCUCGCCUCAUGCAGUUCAUGAAACAGAGGCUGCCCUACCAGCUGUCGUCUUUAGACUGGGACCUGCAGCAUCUGACCAAUCAGCAGCAGUGUUACUGCUACUGCGCCGGACCUGGAGAGUGGAACCUGAAGAUGCUGCAGUGUGGCAGCUGUGGUCAGUGGUUCCACGAAGCGUGCACGCAGUGUCUAACCAAGCCGCUGCUUUACGGCGACAGGUUUUAUCAGUUCCAGUGUUCAGUUUGUUCAAAGGGACCAGAGACGAUCCAAAGACUACCCAUGACCUGGGUGGAUCUGGCUCAUUUGGUGCUCUACCACCUCUCGCUGUGCUGUAAGAGGAAAUACUUUGAUUUUGACCAUGAAAUCCUGUCCUUCACCAAUGAGAACUGGGACUCGCUGCUUCUGGGCGCGCUCGCUGACACGCCGAGACAAGACCGCUGCCACAAUCUGCUCAACGCUCUCAACGCUCACAAGGACAGGUUCGUCUCUGGAAAGGAGAUCAAGAAGAAGAAGUGUCUUUUUGGGCUGCAGGUCCGAGCCCCGCCUCCGCUCUCGUCUGAUUCGUCGCCGCUCAUCACAGAUCCGCCUAUCAGCAUCACCCACCGGAGAAGCCCGUUGUCACUACCCUGCCAGAGAAGAGCUGGGGGGCCGGAGUCGCGUAAAUCAAAGCGUCGCGUCAUGGAGACACAGGUCUGUCCACCUCCAGUUGCUGCCAACCCUGUUGAACUGCUGCCAUGUUGCCAUGGAUACAUGGGAGGGGCCGGCCUUUACGACUCCAGGAAGUCGGAGGAGGAGCUCAGUGUGAGUCCUCCUGCCAAGCGAAUGUACGCCCUGUACCACACCUACAACGGAAACGCUGCCCUCUCCAGAAGUCUUCAUCACUACAACAGCGUGGAGGACGCCUGCAGGUUACCCCCAACAUGCUUCCCGUACCCCUGCAACUCCAGUGACAACCACCACCACCUCCACCAGCACCACCACACCUACCAACACAACCACCAACACCAGCCGGGCCAGAAGCAGCUGGAGCCCCUCAUCCUGCGCGACGUCCCCCCCUGUCAGGCCAGCGGGGGCGCAGGGGGAGGUGUUGGACCAGGAGUGGGAAUGGGGGUGGGAGGGGGUGAUGGGACUUUAGCCAGGAGCUGGGGAGGAGGGGAGGCGGUGAGGAUCUUGGCGAGGCGAGUCACAGCAGAUGGGAAGGUGCAGUACCUGGUGGAGUGGGACAAUGUGAGUUUGUACUGAAGCGGAGAGGAACCAGGAGACCGAGCGACUGUUCUCCAGCUGCCACGGACUGUUGUGUAUUUAACACGUGGCAGUGUGUAAAAACUUCUACAUGUUGCAGAUCCAGGCUGAUCUCAUAGUAUCAGCUCAGUUAUAACCUCACUACUCGUGACUAAAUGUUCCUCUUUGCUAGUGUUCCCCCAAUAUUUGUACUGUUACAUUUGGAAGAUGCCUUUGCAUUUCUUGUUUUACAGUGAAGAGGAAAAAUAUUCCAGCCUCCUGGUGGUUCGGUAAAGUUUGGACCACGUUAAGAAACACAGUUACACAUAAUUAAAGACAAAAUACCCACUAUGUCCAGAAGAAUUUAAAGUUUUCAUUUAAAAUUU